AUGAAGACGUUUCUUGUGUUUGUCUCCUUUUUGAUCCUGAUGAUCACUUUUACAGACACUUCCCCAGUUUUGGCUGGAAAAGAUGCCAAACAGAUUCUGAGAACUCGCCGUGGAGCCAGCCCGAGAAAAGCCGGUUUCCCUGAUGAGCCAAUGAGGGAGUACAUGCUUUACCUCCAGCGCCUGGAGCAGAGAUCAGAAGAACAAUUCCUUGAACACUGGUUGAAUCCACAUUGCCUCCCACACUGCAACAGGGAUCUGGUGCAUCCAAUCUAA